AUAAAACCUUAGUAGACCAAGUUAAAACGAAAGUAAAUAUCGUUAUUUAUAGCAUUACGUCAUUUAUGUAUUUCAAAUAGAAGAAAAACAUUACACUUGAUUUCGGAUUGUAAUUCAAAAAUAGCAUUUCUGUUAAACCAUAUUUACUGUAAUAGUUACGUACAUUGUAUUCCUACAUCCAUACAGCACGGGGCGUGUCGGAAAGGUUAUCGAUGUUAUCAGUAGUUAUUUUAUUAUUUUGUUUAUAACUCGCUAAUGGUCCGCUGGCGAUGUAUUCAAACAGCCGCAGCCAUAAGAGUCUCACUUGUAUAUCGAUCGUAACUGCUCGCGACGACUGAACAUUUCCCCGGAAACUAAUUUUAUGUUACAAUUCUUGUGAUCAAAAUGUUACGCUCUUUAUCAAUACUUCUGAUAUUAACUGUAAAUGUUAACUCAAUGUCUGUUGUUAACCCCGGACCCAAGUAUCCACCGACUAAAGGAGAGGUUUGGCCGAAACCCCGAAGUGAAGUUACGGAAUUUACUUACUUCACCUUUGACCCUUCUAAUUUUAAAGUUAAAGUGACGAAUAACACAUGCGAUAUACUUACUUCGGCAAUCGAAAGAUACUCGUACAUCGUGAAGAGCAGAGCACCGCAGCAAGACCAAACGUCGGCCCCGAGGAGCGAGCGACAUGUAGAGGAAGUCCAGACUUUGGCGCGGGGCGUCUUGCGGGAGCUACAAGUGGAACUGACAGAACCAUGCGAAGACUAUCCUUAUUUAGAAAUGGACGAAAAAUACACAUUGACGGUAUCAGAAGUGUCAGUGCUAACGAGCGCCUCCGUUUGGGGCGCUCUCCGCGGCCUCGAGACAUUCGCACAGAAGUUCUACCUUUCGAAUGACAUGAAUGAGCUGAGGAUAAAUACAUCUACAAUAGUGGACUUUCCGGAGUACGCGCACCGCGGGCUGCUACUGGACACGGGCCGGCACUACAUCUCGGUGGCCAACAUCCUGCUCACGCUCGACGCGAUGGCCAUCAACAAGAUGAACGUCCUCCACUGGCACAUCGUCGAUGACCAGAGCUUCCCAUACCAGAGCGAGAAGUUCCCUGACCUUAGCCUGCAUGGCGCGUAUCAUUCCUCCAUGGUGUACACGAAAGACAAUAUUGCACAAAUUGUGGAGUACGCUCGGCUGCGCGGCAUCAGGGUCCUGCCAGAGUUUGACGUGCCUGGUCAUACGCGAUCGUGGGGAAAUGCGUACCCCAACCAGAACGAGAUCGUGGGUCUUGGUCCCAUGAACCCCACCCGGAACGUCACCUACAAAAUGAUCCGCGACCUCUUCCACGAGGUGCAGACCUGGUUCCCAGACAAGUAUCUACACAUCGGUGGGGACGAGGUUGAGAUAGACUGCUGGCGUUCGAACCCAGAGAUCCGCGAAUACAUACAAGAAAACGGCUUAAAGGUGGAGGAGCUGCACGCUCUCUUCAUGCAAAACACCAUACCACUGCUCGCUGAUGGAUCCAAGAUCGUCGUCUGGCAAGAAGUGUUCGAUGAAGAUGUACCUUUGACAAAUGACACACUCGUGCAAGUUUGGAAGAGUAUGUGGGUUGAUGAAAUGGUGAAGGUGCUGGAAGCCGGUCACCGUGUGCUCUUCUCGUCGGCGUGGUACCUGGACUACCUGGGUAACGAGUGGUCGCAGUUGUACAUGGUGGACCCGCGGCGAGUAGUGCGUGACGCGACCGGCAACGACACGCUGCCCGCCGGUGUGCUCGGUGGCGAGGCUUGCAUGUGGGGAGAGAUGGUCGACAACAGGAAUGUUAUAUCGAGAGUGUGGCCGCGCGCGAGCGCUGUGGCGGAGCGGCUGUGGAUCGCGCCCUCGGCGAACCUCGGCGUCAGCAUCAACUCCAGUUCGCUUCCGCCCAUCGAGGCCUACCGUCGCAUGGAGGAGCACGUGUGUCGCAUGAACAGGAGGGGCAUUGCUGCUCAACCAGCCAACGGCCCGGGCUUUUGUCUCUUUUAAAACUAAAAUAGAUGUAAAAUCGUUGUACUUUUCCUGUAUUCCUGGUCAUGUACACUUGGCAAUGAAACAUUCUUAUGUUCUAUCGCGCAGAAUCCAUUUUGAACGCUUGGAAAACAGUAUAAGAGUCAAAUUGAAGCAUUAAUACUCUCGUAUUAAAAUAACGCCAAUACAGAGUGUUAAAAUGCGCUCAUUCAAAUAAGGUAUAAAGUUCAGCUUAUCGCAAUCGGUGUAUCAAACAUUUGGAGAUAUUU